GCUCUGUUUAGUGUUUUAGACUUGCAGUACGUUUUCUCUGGAGCUGAUGUUUUCCUGACGUUUUCAGCUUGGCUAAAAAGCUGCUUUGCUGGAAUGCUUUAGAGAGUCAAAAACCAUUUCGGUUUUAAAUUAAUAUAAAUUAAUUGAAGGAAAUAUUUCUGGCCUCACCAAAGAAUAACUGGAAUCAUGGAUCAGAACAACAGUUUGCCACCCUACGCUCAAGGCUUAGCCUCCCCUCAGGGUGCAAUGACUCCUGGAAUUCCAAUUUUUAGCCCAAUGAUGCCAUAUGGCACGGGACUGACACCACAGCCUGUCCAGAGCACCAACAGUCUGUCCAUCCUUGAGGAACAGCAGCGGCAGCAGCAGCAGCAGCAGCAGGCAGCACAGCAGUCUACAUCACAGCAAGCGACACAGGGAACAUCUGGUCAAACUCCUCAGCUCUUCCACUCACAGACUCUUACCACAGCCCCUUUACCAGGAACCACACCUCUGUACCCCUCCCCAAUGACUCCGAUGACUCCUAUAACUCCUGCAACACCGGCAUCUGAGAGCUCUGGGAUAGUGCCACAGCUACAGAAUAUUGUGUCCACGGUGAAUCUUGGUUGCAAACUUGACCUAAAAACCAUUGCACUUCGUGCCCGAAAUGCUGAAUAUAAUCCCAAGCGUUUUGCUGCUGUUAUUAUGAGAAUAAGAGAACCACGUACUACUGCGCUUAUAUUCAGCUCUGGAAAAAUGGUGUGCACAGGAGCAAAAAGCGAAGAACAGUCCAGACUGGCAGCAAGGAAGUAUGCAAGAGUUGUUCAGAAACUGGGUUUUCCUGCAAAAUUUUUGGAUUUUAAAAUUCAGAACAUGGUGGGCAGCUGUGAUGUGAAGUUUCCUAUCAGAUUAGAAGGAUUGGUACUCACACACCAGCAGUUCAGCAGCUACGAGCCGGAAUUGUUUCCUGGCUUAAUCUACAGAAUGAUCAAGCCAAGAAUUGUUCUGCUUAUUUUGUUUCUGGAAAAGUGGUUUUAACUGGUGCUAAAGUUCGAGCAGAAAUCUACGAAGCAUUUGAAAACAUCUAUCCUAUUUUAAAGGGUUUCCGGAAGACAACGUAACAUUUUCUACAUAUUUCAGAGAAAUUGGGGGUACAUUUUAAAAGGCAUUGCAUAUGGCACAGCAGUAACGAGAUGGACUUCAGUGAAACUGCAACACCAGACUUGGACUAUUUCCCAGUUAGUGCCUAUUUCCCUGAUGCUCAAGGGGAAUUGUUUUAUCGAUGAUUAUGUCUACUGAGUUACUGUGAGUUGCUUUGUUGGGCUGCUCUUGGAGCAGUCCCUCCGAGUUUUAUUUAUAUUCUAGCUUUUAAAUAGUUUUAAUGCCAGUUCUGUUAAUAGAAAAUUCAUAAAUUGGUUUAAAAGAUGAAUGCGACCGUGUCACUCAGUGUAUAAACCACUUAAGUUGCCAUGUAUAUAUGUUUUAAUUUCCUUCCAUUAAGACCGUGGUUUUUAUAAUUUUGAAAGUUAAGCUUUUAAAUUUCUUCAGUUUUAAAUUUCUUUGGUGCCAGACACAUUCCCUCUUUCCAGUAUUAAGCAAGGCAGAAUAAAUUUAUUAAUGAAAACAGCUCACUGUACAUAUAUAUAUAAUAUAUAUAUUCCUCCUCUUUUCUCCUUCAGCUCCACAUGUACAAUAAACCCUGUUUAUACAAUUA